CAACCGUGCUGUAAACGCCGGAGUGGCCGCGCGGUGCUAACGUGCUAAAGUUUUAACAACAGGAGAACCCGGGGAACAGCAGGAGAAGAGCAGAAGAACCCAGAGAACAGGAGGAUGAUGAAGGAUGGAGCUCCGCCAGCAGCAGCGCUUCUGAUUUAAUGCAGGUGUUCCGCUGCCCAAACCCUGUGUUCUGAAGAGAAUGGAGGAUUCAUCAAAAGAAGAUUACAAGAUCCAUUCCUUCGACAUGGAGACGCAGAAGUUGCUGAAAACAGCACUUAAAGAUCCAGGCUCAGUGGACUUGGAGAAAGUGUCUAGUGUCAUAGUGGAUCAGUCUCUGAAGGAUCAGAUGUUCAGUAAAGAAGCUGGACGCAUCUGCUUCACCAUAGUGCAGGCAGAGUCCAAGCAGAACGGUGGCAGCGUGUUCCGCCGGAACCUCCUGAACCGCCUGCAGCAGGAGUUUAAAGCUCGCGAGGAAACGAGGAAGAGAUCCACUCAGGAGUGGGUGUGCCUUGUCUCCUUUAUCUGCAACAUCUUUGACUACCUCAAGGUAAAUAAUAUGCCCAUGAUGGCGCUGGUGCACCCGGUAUACGACUGCUUGUUCAGACUGGCCCAGCCUGACGCACUCAAAAACGAGGAGGAGGUGGACUGUCUGGUGCUGCAGCUGCACCGUAUCGGAGAGCAGCUGGAGAAGAUGAAUCUGCAGCGGAUGGACGAGCUGUUCUGCCUGCUGCGGGACGGCUUCCUCCUGCAGGACGGCCUCAGCUCUCUCGGGCGGCUCCUCCUGCUGGAGAUCCUGGAGUUCCGCGCUGGGAGCUGGACGCUUAGCGAAACGGCUCAGAAAUACUACUACAGCGAGGUGACUGACUGACUGACUGAUGCUGUGUGUGAACAGGACUCAGGCCAGGUCAGGCAAAGCUAUGAAGACAAUACAGAUAUUUAUGAAGAGACUGAUCACAAUCAACUCAUCGUCUGGUUAAACAUUUCCUCAAAUACAAGGAAAACAUCUUGUAGAUAAUUUUUUGUGGAAAGGGGGUUUGGCUUAGAGGGGAGGUCUCAUACUACUGGCAUAUGGUCCCGAAACAAGACCUAAAAUCUGGCCUGCAAUCUUUUGUGCCAAGCUCAGACCAGACAAAAAUUAUCAACUUUUCAAAUGCGAGUACUGUAGAUGCAUGGAGCAUCAAGUGGAGUGCGAUAAUUCAUAUUCACCAAAGGUGUCAAAAGUAUUCAGAACAAUUUCCCAGGUAGAAGUAGAUACUACAGUUUGAAAAUUAUUCUGUAGAAGUUGAAUCAACUAUUUUUUUUACUUAAGUAAGUAAGUGAGUAAAAGUACUGCUUUCAAAACUAAAAGUAAAAGUAAUGUAAAAGGGGGAAAAUGCCAUGAAGGACAACUAAAGGCAUGCCACAGCAGCCUAUAGUGCACUACCCCAUGAUAACUGUAAUGUUGUAUUAAAAUGUUAAUGUUGAAAAAUUUGAGAUCAGAUGCAUUUAUGCCCAUUAGUCAAAGACAACCCAAGUAAACACCAAAUGCAGUUUUACAUUAAGGUAAAUUAGGUUUUUAUUAUUAAGGGAGAAAAAAAAUCCAAACUUAUUAGGCCCUACAUGAAAAAGAGAUUGCCCCCUUAAAUUUAAUAACUGGUUGGGCCUCCCUUAACAGCACCAAGUGAAAUCCAGCGUUUACCGUAAUUUGCAAUUAGUCUUACAUCUCUGUGCAGGAAUUUUGGCUCCACUCUUCUUUGUGAAAUUGUUGUAAUUCCACCACAAUGGAGGGUUUUUGAGGAUAAGCUGCCUUUUUAAGGUCAUGUCAAGUAUCUCAAAAAGAUUCAGGUUUCAGUCAAGACUUUGACUAGGGCAAUCCAAAGUCUUCACUUUGUUUUUCUUCAGCCAUUCAGAAGUCGAGUUACUGGUGUGUUUUGGAUCAUUGUCCUGCUGUAGAACCCAAGCUCGUUUGAGGUCACGUAGUGAUGGCGGGACAUUCUCCUUCAGGACUUUUUGGUAGACAGUGGAAUUCUUGGUGUAAUCAUGAGUGUUGGCCUUAAGUGAGGCCUGCAGUUCUUUGGAUGUAGUUGUGAGGUCCUUUUGAGACCUCUUGGAUGAUUCAUUGCUGUGCUCUUGGGGUAAUGUUGGUCAGCCAGCCACUCCUGGGAAGGUUCACCACUGUUCCAUGUUUUCACCGUUUUGUGGAUAAUGGUUGUCAAUGUGGUUCCCUGAAAUAGCUUUAUAACCUUUUUCAGACUGAUAGAUCUCAGUUAUUUCUUUCUUAUUUGUUCCUAAAUUUAUUUGGAUAUUGGCAUGAUGUCAGAGAAACAGUCACUGAUCCUUACAUGUUAUGGUCUCCCAGUAAGGUAGUCAUUGAUCUCAGUGACCAGGUGCAUAUCCACCUCCAUCUUCAUCAGCUUAUUUAGAUUCAUGAUU